ACAAAAAUUGAACCAAGUACACUAAUUUCUCAUUGUGUUCUGUUCUGGUCCAAGUGACAUUAUGGCUAGCAAUCCUCACUCGCAUGCCCCUAGGAAGAUGCAACAGAGAAAGGAACGACGCAUGUUCUCCGCUUCUGAUGACAGUGCCAUGAUGAAACAAGUGCAGGGAACUCAUGCCCCUGAUGGUCGUGAAAUUGAUGUUAAACACAUUAUUCAAAUAGUGGAUGAAAUCUUGAUUCAAGUCAUUGCUCGCGGUGUUGAGGGUCAUGAUGUAAAGAGAGAGCAAGAAACAUUGGAGAUUUCUGCUGCUUUGGCUGAAUUUGACAUGCUAGAUUCUCUGGCUAUUGUCAUAAACAAAAUUUCUUGCGAGCUAUCAUGCAAAUGGUCUGGUGGUGGAGAUGCACAUGCAUCAACCAUGGUGUUGCUGACUUACAUGUCUAACUACGCAUGGCAUGCAAAAGUGGUGUUAACCUUAGCAGCCUUUGCUGUUAUCUCUGGGGAGUUUUGGCUUGUUGCCAAUAUGAGUGCUGCAAAUACACUUGCUAAGUCUGUGGCCCUCCUCAAGCAACUCCCUGACAUGGUAGAGAAUUCUGCAUCUCUGAGACCCCAGUUCGAUGCGCUCAAUAAGCUCGUGAAGGCAGCGCUGGAUGUAACCUAUUGCAUCAUUGAGUUCAAGGAGCUACCAUCUGAGUACAUUUCAGAGGACAUGCCUCCUAUGUCUGUUGCAAGUGCUCAUAUUCCUAUUGCUGCCUAUUGGGUCAUUAGGAGUAUUGUGGCUUGUGCCUCACAAAUUGCACUUCUCAUAGGCAGUAGACAUGAGGCCAUUUCGUCAGCCACAGAGGCAUGGGAAUUGUCUAGUCUGGCUCACAAAGUCACAAGUAUACAUGAGCACCUCAAGAAUCAAUUGGAACUUUGCUACCAAUAUAUAGAUGACAAGAGGCAUGUAGAGGCCUUUCAUAAUCUGAUUCGCCUUUUCGAGACAAGCCAUGUAGACAACAUGAAAAUCCUCAGAGCACUGAUAUAUCCAAAGGAUGAUAUUCCUCCACUUAUAGAUGGAACUACAAAAUCAAAGGUUAGUCUUGAGGUACUAAGGAGGAAGCAUGUGUUGCUGCUGAUAUCAGAUCUUGAUCUUGCACAAGAAGAGAUCAUGGUACUUGACAAUUUGUACAAAGAUGCGCGAUCGAGGGGUGAGAUGCACUACGAGAUGGUGUGGAUCCCAGUUGUGGACAAAGCAACCUGGAAUGAUGUUAACAAGCAGAAAUUUGAGUAUUUGCAGUCACUGAUGGCCUGGCACAGUGUUCGUGAUCCUUUCAUCAUCGAACCAUCAGUGAUAAGGUACAACAAAGAAGUGUGGAAUUUCACAAAGAGAGCUAUUGUGGUGGCCCUUGAUCCACAAGGCAGAUUAUCCUCCCCAAAUGCUCUCCACAUGAUAUGGAUCUGGGGCAAUUUGGCCUUCCCAUUUACACGUGAGAAAGAAGAAUCCUUGUGGAAGCAAGAGAUUUGGAGCCUUGAGCUACUUGUUGAUGGCAUUGAUCCUAUGGUUUUGGAAUGGAUGGCAGAAGAAAAAAUUGUGUGCCUAUAUGGAGGUGAAGAUCUUGAGUGGAUUGAAACAUUCACAGCCACUGCAAUGAAUGUUGCAAGAGCUGGCAAAUUCGAUCUGGAGAUGGUUUAUGUUGGAAAAAGCAAUGCUAAAGAAAGGAUGCAGAGAAUGAUCAGCACCUUUGCCAACAGAAAGUUCAGUUACUUUUGGCCUAAUGUCACAUCCAUUUGGUUCUUCUGGGCAAGGUUGGAGAGCAUGUUGUAUUCCAAGUUGCAGCAUGGAAGCACAGUUGAGAAUGAUCCAAUCAUGAGCGAGGUCAUGACCGUGCUUAGCUUCGAUGGAAGCGACCGAGGGUGGGCGAUUUUCUGUAGAGGGGCAUCUGAAAUGGCUAGAGCUAAAGGUGACACUGCUCUAACAAGUUUGAGAGAUUUUGAUAAGUGGAAGCAUAAGAUUGAGCAAGAUGGUUUGGUGCCUGCACUGAAUGAUUAUCUGCACCAAAUUCAUACACCAGAUCAUUGCAAUCGUCUCAUUCUUCCUGGGAGCACUGGGGGGAUACCAGAAAAGGUAGUUUGUGCUGAGUGUGGUCGUCAAAUGGAGAAGUACUUCAUGUACCGCUGCUGUGUGGAGUGAAAGAACUGUGCAGGAUUUUAAGUUCGCGUUGCGGACUGCAAUUUAAAACCCUGGAAGUGUCAUGUUUCACAAUAUCCAAUCUUCCAUUAUCAUUGCUUCAUUUAUAUUUGUGUAUGAUAUUGGUUUGAGUCAGUUAUUUAUGUUUUGUAGCAUCAUAAGUUCCAUCUUUGUGAGAUGCAUAGUGACAUUUAAUUAUAUGAGGGUAAUCUUUGUCUAGUUGCUAGUAGUAUAUCAGAUCUCAGUUGCUCCAUUUGUUUGGGCAACUGAGUCACUUGCUAAUAAAGUGUGUUGUAGACCAUUGUUAUUA